CCAUCAACUAUGCUCAAGCCACACGCAGCCACUACAACCACGACUUCACUUCACCACCACAACCACAAAUCAAGUCCACCAUGUGUAGCACCGCCGAUCAUUUCGCGAGUAAUAACAGUAAUCACAUGCACUUCCAGCCCGAUCACCACCAGAGCUUAGCAGCUGGGAUCAUGGAGGCGUGGGACCUCGAUCGGAGGACUGGCCAAGCUCAGCACGAGGAGAGGCAUGGCAGGCAGGGCCACGAGGCGGCGGGGGAAGAAGGCCGGUCGGAGUCGGACCCGAGGGCGGUGCUCACCACGUACCUGACGUUCCUGGAGCACAAGAUCGGGCACCUCCGCGGGAUCCUCCGCUCCACGCCGCGCCCGCAGCAGCAGCACGCCAUCGUGUCCGCCGAGCUCCGAUGCAUCAUCGUGCAGCUCGUCUCCAUCGCCAACGACCUCGCCACCGGCGCUGGUGCCGGUACCGGCACGGCGGCGGACGCGUCGACCCCGUCUACUCGUUGCGCCGGCGAGGAGGCGGCUGACCACGCCGGGUCGCCGACGUUGUCGAACGCCACGGCCACGCACGACGACUCUGACCACGCCGAGGAGGUUGACGUUGACGCCGCGGACGAGCACCCGCCGGCCGGGCCGUACGAGGUGGUCCAGAUCGAGAAGGAGGAGAUCCUCGCGCCGCACGCGCACACCUGCAAGGUGUGCGGCAAGGGCUUCAAGCGCGACGCCAACCUGCGCAUGCACAUGCGCGGCCACGGCGAGCAGUACAAGACGCCCGCGUCCCUCGCGAAGCCCGGGCACUCCUCCUCGCCGGCGCCCGACACGGGCAGGCGGUGCUACUACUCGUGCCCGUUCGCCGGGUGCAAGCGGAACAGGGAGCACAGGGACUUCCAGCCGCUCAAGACCCCUGUCUGCGUCAAGAACCACUACCGCCGGAGCCACUGCGACAAGAGCCACGUCUGCCGCCGCUGCGGCGUCAAGAGGUUCUCGGUGCUCGCCGACCUCCGCACCCACGAGAAGCACUGCGGCCUUGACCGGUGGGUUUGCUCCUGCGGCACCUCGUUCUCUAGGAAGGACAAGCUCUACGCCCACGUCGCCCUCUUCGACGGCCACUCGCCCGCGCUGCCACCGCACGACGACGACACCACCGUCCAUUGCAGCACUGGCACUGCCAGCGUCGUGCCCGGCUCCGGUGAGCUUCCACCGAUCAACGGCGAAGCCGUGAACGUGUUGGACCAGUGCUUAUCCGGUAGCAUGUUCAACGAUUUCAGUUGCUCCGGCGUCGAAGCGAGCACGGAUGAUGGCCGAGGCCACCCAUCCUCCCCGAUCGGCAUUGGUUUGUGCGACUUCGAUGGCUUCGACCUACUCAAAGCCGUUGCAAUGGACUUCGAUUUCUGAUACAAGGGGCAGGGCAGGGGAUGAUGAUCUGCAACUCCCCGAACCUGAUGAACAAGUGCCCGACUUAAGGUCAACCCAAACUGGUUGGCACUAGCAAUGAGGAACCAGUAGACUAAUUAAAACAAAAAAUAUAUGUACUCCUGCAAUUCAAUGUAGCCAUCAUGAUAUUGGCAUUCAUUGAUUAAUUAAACUGAUUUUAUUUUC